CGGCGCACAAGAUGCAUGUCACUGCAGCGUCCGCAGUGGCGCCGAAUCGCCGUCUGUCGGCAAUAGCCGGCGCCGCGAGCGUGACUACCCUGGACACUUGACAACGUCGUUCCUGGCCACCCCAGUCUCCUACAUCACCUGCUGCUCCAUUCUUACCACAGUGCUCACAGUCAUAGCCCGUACUUGCCCACUGCACCCCUCUUCACAUCUGCCAGUGGCGUUGCCCCAUAACCCUGCCUACAAACCAACUGCAGACGCAGCAAACCAGCCCCUCCGUGGUGUCGAUUGCCCCGCGGAAGCUCCCCUCCACCUCCGCUUGCCGCCCGCGCGUCCGACCCAGCGCGUCCGACACGACCCCCCAAAGCCUCCGACGGCCCUCGUAUUUCAUACAACCUUCACAGACGCCUGGCGUUGUCAUUUCUCGCCAUGAGCAGUCCUAAGAGAAGGAUCGAGACGGAUGUCAUGAACAUGCUGAUGAGCGACUAUGAGGUUACCUUAGUCAACGACAACAGGCAAGAGUUCUAUGUCAGGUUCAAGGGCCCAGUAGAGACACCUUUUGAAGGCGGUCUUUGGAAGAUUCACGUUGAGCUGCCCGAUCAGUACCCGUACAAGAGCCCCAGUAUCGGUUUCGUGAACCGGAUAUUCCAUCCCAACAUCGACGAGCUAUCAGGGUCGGUCUGUUUGGACGUUAUCAACCAGACAUGGUCACCAAUGUACGACAUGAUCAAUAUCUUCGAAGUCUUCCUCCCGCAACUCCUCCGAUACCCCAACCCGACCGAUCCCCUGAACGGAGAAGCCGCCGCCUUACUGAUGAGGGAACCGAAGAGCUACGACGCGAAAGUCAAGGAAUACGUACAAAAAUAUGCUUCGAAAGACACAUCAGAAGACUCGGACAAGGACAACGAUGACGAUGAUGAGAUGAGCUCCGUUGGCAGCUACGAGUCUGGCGACGAAGAUGAAGCAGCCGGCAACAUGGAGGAUAUUUAGGUGAUCGCUUCGCACCAGUUGGCUAUAUGACCCUCCUUUCUCUUGUCUUCUCAUCGGUUUGCAGACAGACGGACGUUCGAGGCGUAUCUUGGCGCUUAUUCCACUCAUACCAGCUGCAUCAUAUUCCCCCUGGUCAUCGGUCUCACAUAGUUGCAGCUUCUGGAUUCUGUUUAUGCCCUUUUGGUUUUUGGCACCAUAGUUUUCGUUCAUGGAUGAGUCGAGUAGCAGAGCUAUAGGUCUAUGGGUCUGCGCUAGGAGAAUCGGCAUGGAAGAUUGCACUGUUGCAAUUUGUACGUAGAAAUGGGUAUCAUUUUUUCACUGCAUUGUGUAGACGCAUGCGUGUCGAAGUUGGC